AUGUCUAAAUUGGACGACUUAUUCGAUAAAAAGAAAGAUGAAGCGCCUAUGCUUGAUUUAUCCAAAACCAUAAUUAAUACUGCUGAAGAGUAUAGAGCCGUUCUAGACAAAGUUCCGGAGUUCAAAACUAGACCCGAAAAGGUGAAAGCUGAAGAUAUUAAAAUCAAAGAUAAACCGGAGGACCAAAAAACAAAGACACCUAAAAAAGAAAUAAGGGCAUAUGAAAAACUUGGGACCCGUGGAUAUGAAGAUAAACACUUCACCUUCAUGGAUCCGGUACCGGUAGAAAUGCGGGGCUUGAAAUUUGAAGAGCUAUGUGCCGUACCAAUAGAGUGGCGAAUGCUUACGUCUGUUAGACCUAAGUCUAAACUGGAUGAAGAAUAUUUCAAUAGGUUAAUUGAAUUGCGCAAGUCGGAACUAAGAACCAAGGCCCGAGACAAGAGGGAACUCGCAAAAAACAAUAUGAUUAGAAAAACGAAAAAUCGUUCAGGCGUGACGGAAACAAGAAUCUUGUCUUGCUCGGAGUGCGGGGAAGAAUACUGCAAUGGUACAAUGUGCAACAUAACAAAUUACGAUAUGUUUGCCCGUGUGAAAUUGGAGGUUGAGCCAAAGGUGACACGACAUGUGGCGCCACCCCACGCUCCUGGCAAACUACGAAAGCUGCGCAAGAAGAUAAGAAGGAAGCCCCGCAGCAAGAGCGCCGCGCCACCGUUGAUACACAAAGCCUCUAGAAACAAGACUGGGACUAAAAGCGACUCGGAACUUUAA